AUGAAUAAUGAAAGCAAUCUCCAAGUCACUUUCUCCAAACGUCGAGCUGGACUUUCAAGAAGUGGUAAUCCACCACAAGCUGCUUCUGGAACCAUGAAACUCAUUGAGGCUCAUCGGAACACUAGUGUCCGUGAGCUAAACAUGCAGCUCACUCAGGUUUUGAACCAACUCGAAAUCGAGAAGAAGAGAGGCGAGGAGCUUAACCAUAUGAAAAAGGCAAAUGAGAAUCAAUGUUGGUGGAUGGCUCGCAAGAACGAUAUGAGCUUGACACAACUUCAACAACUGAAGGCCUCUCUCGAUGAACUGAAGAAGAAUGUGGCUAAGCAUGCUGAGAAGAUUUUGAUUC